UAUAUAAUAAUUUAUUAUUAUUGCGUCAUUUUUUAUUAGGCUACGGCUAUACUUUUACGUUCAACAUUAGGUUUUUGCUAGGUUGAGAUUUGGGCUUGUUUUUAUUGAGGUGGGCGGGUUUUACGAUGAGUUUGGGCUGGAAACUGUCGCUCAGAUCUGGCAACACUGGACGCACGUUGCGCGGUAGCUGUUUAGACUUUAGCAAUAGCUUGGAUCGCAUUUACGUUUCACAUGGCGAAUGGGUGUAAAGAAGUGUUGUUUAGUCGUGGAAGUGGACAGAGUGAUGAUUCAGAUAUUUGGGAUGACACUGCUCUCAUAAAAGCAUAUGACAAAGCAGUAGCAUCGUUCAAGACUGCCCUGAAGGGGGAAGGUGAACCACAAUCUUCCAAGAAAAUUCCCCCAGGGAAGAAACGCAAGAACAGCAAAAAGAACCAGAGCAGGAAAAGAAACAAUGGACCAGGGGAGAAGGAGUGGCAGGUUGGGGACUCCUGCAGUGCGUAUUGGUCAGAAGAUGGCCAGCUUUAUGCUGCCACCAUCUCUUCUAUAGACUGGAUCAAAGGCACCUGUGUAGUUGUCUAUACAGGUUAUGGCAACGAGGAGGAGCAGAACCUUGAGGACCUGCUUUCAGAAAUUUCCGAGGCAGAUGAGGAAUCUCAGUUUAAGAGAAAUGAAGCAGAAUCGUCCACUGAGGAGAGUGACAGGUCGAGCACGCCAAACCUAAGCAAACAUCAGCCACACAGUCAAACUCAGAAGUCCAGACCCAUCAAAGGAUCUCCUCCAGUGUGUCCUCCUGGUUUCCCUGGGUUUCCUCCUGGUCCACCUCCCUCGCAAGCGUUCAGACAGAGGAAAAAUCAGCAAUCCAGUGAUCCUGGACCUGUACCUCCUCCCUGGCCUCCCAUGAUGCCCUUUGGCCCACCUAUGAUUCCUCCACCUCCACCCAUGAGUCCUGACAUGGUGGAUGAUGAAGCCUUGGGAAGUGUGCUCAUUUCUUGGUACAUGAGUGGAUAUCACACAGGAUACUACCUGGGGUUAAAGCAAGGACGCAAAGAAGCUGCCAAGUGGACAAAACUGCACCACAAAUGAAAGGAAACAUUUGAGGGAUUUAAGACCUUCUACUUUUGAAUGAACUGCUUUGGUCAUGUUGGUAAAUCCGUUCAAAAUGUCUUGGAUUCAUUUGUAAAUAUAGUAAAAUAAAGACUACUACGACCGUGUUUGUUCAGUGUUUUUUAAGAAAAUAUGAAGACUUGAAAAUAAAAUCUAAACUUUUAUGGAAA